CAGCAGAACUAGUUGAGUAGACGCCGCGGCUGGGCCGGGACCCGCCCAGAGGUGCGCGGCUCGAGCCAGGGUCUGAGCCAUGGCCGGCGAGGAGGACCGCGGGGACGGGGAGCCGGUAUCAGUGGUGACCGUGCGGGUACAGUACCUAGAAGACACCGACCCUUUCGCAUGUGCCAAUUUCCCGGAGCCGCGCCGGGCCCCCACCUGCAGCCUGGACGGGGCGCUGCCCCUGGGCGCGCAGAUACCCGCGCUGCACCGCCUGCUGGGGGCGCCGCUCAAGCUAGAGGACUGUGCCCUGCAAGUGUCUCCAUCUGGAUACUACCUGGACCCUGAGCUGUCUCUGGAAGAGCAGCGGGAGAUGCUGGAGGGCUUCUUUGAAGAGAUCAGCAAAGGGCGGAAGCCUACUCUGAUCCUGCGGACCCAGCUCUCUGUGAGGGUCAAUGCCAUCUUGGAAAAGCUGUAUGGCUCCAGUGGCCCUGAGCUCCGACGCUCCCUCUUCUCACUAAAGCAGAUCUUCCAGGAGGACAAGGACCUGGUGCCUGAAUUUGUGCAUUCUGAGGGGCUGAGUUGCUUAAUCCGUGUGGGUGCAGCUGCCGACCACAACUACCAGAGCUACAUCCUCCGAGCACUAGGCCAGCUGAUGCUUUUUGUGGAUGGGAUGCUGGGAGUGGUGGCCCACAGUGAGACUGUGCAGUGGUUGUAUACACUGUGUGCCAGCCUGUCCCGCUUGGUGGUGAAGACAGCCCUGAAGCUGCUGCUGGUGUUUGUGGAAUACUCUGAGAGCAACGCACCGCUGUUCAUCCGCGCAGUCAACUCUGUGGCCAGCACCACGGGCACUCUUCCGUGGGCCAAUCUGGUGUCCAUCCUAGAGGAGAAGAAUGGCGCUGACCCAGAGUUGUUGGUGUAUACUGUCACCCUCAUCAACAAGACUCUGGCAGCACUCCCAGACCAGGACUCUUUCUAUGACGUGACGGAUGCGCUGGAGCAGCAGGGCAUGGAGGCACUGGUCCAGCGCCACUUGAGCACUGCAGGCACUGACGUCGAUCUGCGUGCACAGCUUGUGCUCUACGAGAGCGCCCUGCGGUUGGAGGAUGGAGACAUGGAAGAAGCUAUGGCAGGUGGGCGGCGCACCACCCGCCGAAAGCCUUCUUCAGAGGAGGGCAAGCGCAGCCGCCGAUCUCUGGAAGUGCGCUCCCCGGAGCCUGGCUCCACAGGCCCUGCCUCGCCGGUAGUCUCCACCUCCUCCUCCACCGACCCCGCCUCCAGCCCGGUAGGUCCCGCCCCAGCUACAGGCCCCGCCUCCAGCUCCCACACCUCCGUGAGCCUCUUUCCUACCAUCUCCGUGGCGCCCUCAUCCGACAGCUCUUGCGAAAGGAGCAUCUACAAACUUCACCAAACUGCUCCUGUUUGGGCCCCAGAGAGCCCACCUGUCCCCCAGUCCCCUCCUGGGCAGGCCAGGCUGGAAGCUCGCUUCCUGGAGAAUGUAGCAGUCACAGAAACAGCAAAGCAAGCUGCACUGGCCCAGGGCCGGGCAGAGACACUGGCCGAAGCCAUGCCUGAUGAUGUUGAUGGGCACCCAGACACCCAGGAACAGCGGGGCUCCCCAGAACCAGUCCCUACACCCAGAACACCCCAGAAUGCUGCCCCUCGAAUCCUACUCCAGGCCCAGCAGAGCCUUGAGCCAGAGCCCAAGGAGCCACUGGUCCCACCAAGCCCCAAGCCUGAGCCCAUCCAGGAGCUCCCUACCCGUGGACCCAGGCUCUGCAUUGGGGACCUGGACUUCUCAGAUCUAGGGGAGGAUGAAGAUCGAGACAUGCUGAACAUAGAGUCUGUGGAGGCGGGGAAUGGGGUCCCACCUCCACCACCCCCACUGCCCCUGCUCUCUGGAAGCCCCCCGCCUCCUCCACCCCCACCUCCCCCACUCAACAAAAGUCCCUUUCCACCACCACCACCCCCAGCUGCCCCUCUUCCCCCCUCAGCACCUGAUGGCCUAGCCCUUCCCACAAAGAGGAAGACAGUAAAACUUUUCUGGCGAGAGCUAAAGCUGGCUGGGGUCCAUGGAGGCUCUAGCAGCCGCUUUGGGCCCUGCCCCACCCUAUGGGCCUCACUAGAGCCUGUCUCAGUGGAUACAGCCCGGCUAGAACACCUGUUUGAGUCUCGUGCCAAGGAUGUGCUGCCUUCUAAGAAGGCUGGUGAGGGCCGCCGCACAAUGACCACAGUGCUGGACCCCAAGCGCAGCAAUGCCAUCAACAUCGGCCUAACCACACUACCACCUGUGCACGUCAUUAAGGCUGCCCUGCUCAACUUUGAUGAGUUUGCUGUCAGCAAGGAUGGCAUUGAGAAGCUCCUGACCAUGAUGCCCACGGAGGAGGAGCGGCAGAAGAUCGAGGAGGCCCAGCUAGCCAAUCCUGACAUACCCCUGGGCCCAGCCGAAAACUUCCUGAUGACCCUCGCCUCCAUCGGAGGCCUGGCUGCCCGCCUACAACUCUGGGCCUUCAAGCUGGAUUAUGACAGCAUGGAGCGGGAAAUCGCAGAGCCGCUGUUUGACCUGAAAGUGGGCAUGGAACAGCUGGUGCAAAAUGCCACCUUCCGCUGCAUCCUGGCCACCCUUCUGGCUGUGGGCAACUUCCUCAAUGGCUCCCAGAGCAGGGGCUUUGAGCUGAGCUACCUGGAGAAGGUGUCAGAGGUGAAGGACACGGUGCGCCGACAGUCACUGCUGCAUCAUCUCUGCUCCCUGGUGCUCCAGAUCCGGCCCGAUUCCUCUGACCUCUACUCAGAAAUUCCUGCCCUGACCCGCUGUGCCAAGGUGGACUUUGAGCAGCUGACUGAGAACCUGGGGCAGCUGGAGCGCCGGAGCCGGGCAGCAGAGGAGAGCCUGAGGAGCCUGGCCAAGCACGAGCUGGCUCCAGCCCUGCGUGCCCGCCUCACCCACUUCCUGGCCCACUGUACCCGCCGUGUUGCCAUGCUGAGGGUUGUGCACCGCCGUGUGUGCAACAGAUUCCACGCCUUCCUGCUGUACCUGGGGUACACGGCAGAGGCAGCCCGUGAGGUCCGCAUCAUGCAGUUCUGCCACACGCUGCGGGAGUUUGCACUGGAGUAUCGGACUUGCCGGGAGCGGGUGUUGCAGCAGCAGCAGAAGCGAGCCACGUACCGUGAGCGCAACAAGACCCGGGGACGCAUGAUCACCGAGACAGAGAAGUUCUCAGGUGUGGCUGGGGAAACUCCCAGCCACCCAUCUGUCCCAGUGGCUGUGAGCAGUGGGCCAGGAAGAGGGGAUGCCGACAGUCACGCCAGCAUGAAGAGUCUGCUGGCCAGCAAGCCUGAGGACGCCACACACGGCCGCCGCAGCAGAGGCAAUGUCCAGAACAGCUCCCCAGUCAUGCCUACCACAGUGGGGCCCUCCACUGUACCCCCAGAAGAACCUCCCGGCUCCACUUUACCCAGUGACACUUCAGAUGAGAUCAUGGACCUGCUGGUGCAGUCGGUGACCAAGAGCAGUCCUCGUGCCUUAGCCGCUCGGGAGCGCAAGCGUUCCCGUGGCAACCGCAAGUCUUUGAGACGGACAUUGAAGAGUGGCCUUGGGGAGGACCUAGUUCAGGCACUAGGACUGAGCAAGGGUCCUGGCUUAGAAGUGUGAAGGCGCUGCCUCCUACAUCUGUGCCCCAGCCUGCCGUGCAGGAGACUACAGUGAGGAGGGAACAGAGUGCAACUCUCAGCCUCUUCUCAACACUAGGGCCACUGUGCCCGUGGCCAGUGCCGUGAGCAGUAUUAGCUGUGUGCCUGUGUGAGUGUGUGUGCAUGUAUGAGCUCCCUGGAUGCAUGGAGCGUAAUAAAGUUUUCCUACCAAUCCAA